UUUUGUAACAGGUUACCUUUGUUUAAAUGAGGAAGCUUUACCAAUUCCGGGUUUUAUCACUUUAAACAGGUUUGUGAUCGGUCACAUGCGCUUCGGUAUUUUAACAACAUCAUGUGAUUUAGACUUCUGUCAUAAGAUCACUGCAGAGCAACACCACGAUGCAUCACUGGAGUAUUUUAUCUCUGUAUUUACUUUUCAUCGGCACCUGUUACUGUCAAUACAAGCCCACCUGGGAGUCGAUAGACUCGAGACCUCUGCCGGAAUGGUUUGAUCAAGCAAAAUUCGGCAUCUUCAUUCACUGGGGGGUGUUUUCUGUGCCCAGUUAUGGCAGCGAGUGGUUUUGGUGGUACUGGCAGGGCCAGAAAUAUCCCUCUUACACUGCUUUUAUGCUUGAGAAUUAUCCACCCGAGUUCACUUACGCAGACUUUGCACCGAAGUUCCGGGCCGAGUUCUUUGAUGCCAAGGAGUGGGUUGAUAUUUUUUCCUCAUCUGGGGCGAAAUAUAUAGUCCUCACAACCAAACAUCAUGAAGGUUUUACUAUGUGGGGCUCAAAGUACUCGUGGAACUGGAAUGCAGUGGAUGUUGGACCCAAGCGAGAUCUGGUGGGUGACAUCGCCACUGCCCUGCGGACACACAGUGAUUUGCAUCUGGGACUUUACCACUCCCUGUUCGAGUGGUUUAAUCCCCUGUUCAGAGCAGAUGCGGACAACCACUUCAACACCACCGUGUUCCCUAAAACCAAGACUUUGCCUGAACUGUAUGAAAUAAUCAACAAGUACAAACCUGAAUUGCUGUGGUCUGAUGGGGAUGGAGACGCGCCCGACGGUUAUUGGAACAGCACUGGGUUCCUUGCAUGGCUUUAUAAUGAGAGCCCAGUUCGCGACACUGUAGUGACCAACGACCGCUGGGGUUACGGCAGCAUCUGCAAACAUGGAGGAUAUUACACAUGCACCGAUCGAUACAACCCCGGACACCUGGUGAAACACAAAUGGGAGAACUGCCUGUCCAUCGACAAGAGGUCAUGGGGUUACAGGAGAGAAGCCAAACUUAGCGAUUAUCUCAACACCGAGGAGCUGGUCGGAGCUCUUGUUGAGACCGUAUCUUGUGGGGGGAAUUUACUGUUGAACGUGGGUCCCACACACGACGGCCGCAUCGUGCCCAUCUUCGAGGAGCGUCUGCGACAGAUGGGACAGUGGCUCAAGGUGAACGGAGAGGCCAUAUACAACACCACCGCAUGGAGAGUUCAAAAUGACACCGUCACUCCUGGAGUUUGGUACACAUGGAGACCCAAGGAGAAUGCAGUCUAUGCCAUUAUUCUUUCCUGGCCAAAUAGUGGAUAUGUUGUUUUGAGUGACCCUAUUGUGUCACACUCGAAGACUCAGGUGAUGCUGCUUGGUUAUAAACCCCUGACGUGGGAUUCUGUCAACCCGACCGGACUGAAGGUGUAUCUUCCUCAGCUGACCCCCGAUCAGAUGCCGUGCUCCUGGGCCUGGACUUUACGACUGACUGGUGCAGCGUAGUCAAUAAACAACAAUACAGUCAGCUCUUUUCUUCAGGAAUAAAUGGAUUUUGAUUAGGACACAAUAUCUUCUUUCAUAUUCUAGUUUUAUUUUCAUGUGGUCAUUUUCAGUCAGGUUUAUAUUCAGAAAAUGGCUUUUUUUCAGUACCGUAGGGGUUGUUUUCUAGUACUGUACCAAAUAAAUGAAUUUUGUAAUUGUUUUAUCUAGCAUUUAUUUGAUUUUUUUAAUGUGUAUCUGAAUUUGAGGCGUUUAUUUGAAAAAACUGUUUUUUUAUGUUCAAAAAUCAUGUUUCGUUAUUGUGCACUCCAAGUAAUAUCAAUCAAACUGCUGUUGGGUUGUUUUGAUUAAGUGACACUAAUGAACACAAUGAAACCAUGAUAACAUAAUAAAAACAUUUUUUAAUCAAAAAACCACAAACUUUAAAUGUUUUUGCCGCAGUGGAAUCCUACAGUCCUGGAAGUGCCGUGUUUUUGAUUUAGCAUUUCGAUUCUUAAAAAAAAAAAAAUUCUGCAACUGUUCUUCUUUAUUCAUAUUGGUUCAUUUGGUGAUUUUAUACAAAGCACUGGUAAAAUACUUUAUCUUGGCAGCCUUAAAAAUGCACUAUAAUAAAAAAUGUGAACUUGG